CAGUACAACAGAAAUCUGGAACGAGAGGUAGAAUCAAGAUCACGAAUUCGCGGAAGCUCAACAGGACCGUUCCAUUCAACACACAAAUCCAAGGCAUAGAGCAUUUCGGAAGAAACAUCAGCAAUCUGAAACCAGUUCGCGCGGAUCUGCGAUCAGAGCUUUGAAUCUGGUAACGAGAAAUGAGUUGAAUAGAAGCUAACGCUUGGAGUCUAUAGUAGUGUCCUAUGGGUCAUGCUCUGGUAGAUGUAACAUCGGGAGGGAACCUUUUCAUUGUAUUGUUGGAAAUUGUUGAAUUAGUUUACAUGUAUGGUGUUACAUGUCUCAUGAUGAUGUUGAAUUCUAUUCCGCUGCGUAAUUGUGCAAAUACUUUAUAUUUAAAUUAAAUAAAAGAGCAUGAUUGUUAUAUUGUUUAAAUGGUGUGGAAUGUUUGUGUGACACCCUUGGUGCACUAUUACUCUGAUUAUAUGUUUAUUAUUUUAAUUAAUUUUUGGGGUAUUUUAGAAGGGUGUUACAUUAGUGGUAUCAGAGCAUAGUCGGUCGUGUCGAGUCGUAAUUAUUCUGUUUCCCCUGUACGGGAUAGGUGUUGUGUAACCCUAUCAGUACUUAUUGUUUUAGCUUGUUGGGUUUUCAGAAUAGAGAUGGCUGGAAGAGGUAGAGACGAUGCUGCGAUUGCUGAGGCUCUGGGUAUGCUAGCUGGAGUACUUGGAGGAAAUCCGAAUGUUGCGGGAAUGGGAGCUGCUCGUCAGUUGAGUGAGUUCCAGAAGAACAAUCCUCCAAUGUUCAAGGGAGCAUACGAUCCAGAUGGUGCUCAGAAGUGGUUGAAGGAGAUCGAGAGGAUCUUCAGAGUAACUGAGUGUGCUGAUAACCAGAAGGUCAGGUUCGGUACACAUAUGCUGUCAGAAGAAGCUGAUGAUUGGUGGGUUGCUACCCGCACUGAGUUGGAAUCUGCUGGGAAUGCUGAGAUUACUUGGGCUGUGUUCAGGGAGAGAUUUCUGAGGAAGUAUUUUCCAGAGGAUGUCCGAGGGAAGAAAGAAAUAGAAUUCUUGGAAUUGAAACAGGGUAACAGGACUGUUACUGAGUAUGCUGCGAAGUUCACAGAGCUGUCAAAGUACUAUACUCCCUAUAAUGAGGCUGCUGGAGAAUUUUCGAAGUGUGUGAAGUUUGAGAACGGGUUGCGUCCCGAGAUCAAGCAGGCUAUUGGAUAUCAGAGGAUCAGGGUGUUUUCUGACUUGGUUGACUGUUGCAGAAUUUUUGAACAGGAUUCCAAGGCUAGAGCAGAGAGCUAUCAGCAGAGGGUUGAUAGGAAGGGUAAGAAUCAGAUGGAUCGUGGGAAACCGUAUGCAGCUGGCAAAGGUUUUCAGAAGCAGAGUGGGAUGAAGAGGCCUAGUGGGGGAGACUCUAGUGCUCCUGCUAAGUGUUAUAGAUGUGGUCGGGCUGGACAUCGUGUUCAUGAGUGUACCAGUGCUGAGAUGAAGUGUUUCAAGUGUGGCAAAGGUGGUCAUUUGGCUGCAGAGUGCCGGCUGAAGACUGUAACUUGUUUCAACUGUGGAGAGUUGGGUCAUAUCAGUCCACAGUGUCCUAAGCCGAAGAAAGAGAAUCAGUCAGGAGGCAAGGUCUUUGCUUUAUCGGGUUCUGAGACUUCUGCAGAUGAUCGUUUGAUCCGAGGUAUGUGUUAUAUUAAUGGCUUUCCUCUUGUAGCUAUUAUUGACACCGGUGCUACUCAUUCCUUUAUAUCUUUGGAUUGUGCUGUGAAACUUAAGUUAGAGAUAUCUGAGAUGCUUGGAAGUAUGGUGAUUGAUACUCCUGCAAAGGGUUCAGUGACUACUACUUCAGUUUGUUUGAGUUGUCCUUUGAAUAUUUUUGGUAGAGAUUUUGGGAUAGACCUAGUGUGUCUUCCACUAGUGCAGAUCGAUGUUAUCUUGGGAAUGAACUGGUUGGUGUUUAACCGAGUUUCUAUUAACUGUUUUGAUAAGACUGUGAUUUUUCCUGAGAUUGAAGAAGGAAAGAGUUUGUUUCUAUCAGCGAGGUAGGUGAAUGAGGAAGUAGCUGAUGGGGCAGAGUUGUUUAUGCUGUUAGCGACUUUGGAGGCUAAAGAUAAACUGGUGAUUGGUGAUCUAGCUGUGGUGUGUGAUUUUCCUGAUGUGUUUCCGGAAGAAGUGAAUGAGUUACCGCCAGAGCGCGAAGUUGAGUUCUCGAUUGAAUUGGUACCUGGUACUAGACCGAUAUCGAUGGCUCCGUACCGUAUGUCUGCUGUUGAGUUAACUGAAUUGAAGAGUCAGUUGGAAGAUCUGUUGGAUAAGAAAUUUAUUCGUCCGAGUGUGUCACCGUGGGGUGCACCAGUGUUGUUGGUUAAGAAGAAAGAAGGUACUAUGAGGUUGUGUGUGGACUACAGGCAACUGAAUAAAGUGACGAUCAAGAAUCGGUAUCCUUUGCCGAGGAUUGAUGAUUUGAUGGAUCAGUUGGUUGGUGCGAGUGUGUUCAGCAAGAUAGAU